ACUCAACACUAUCAUCGACUCCGACAAAGUGAUGGUAAGCCAGGGUUUGAUAAGGGGUUGGGUUCGCAUCACUUGUGUUGUACUCAUUGUCUGUGUAUUGACUGAUCAGGUGUUAGACGCGGGACAAGUGUUAGACGCGGGACAAGUGGUUGAGUACGACAUUCCCCACCAUUUGUUGGACACAAGCGAUGGUCUGUUCAGCAAAUUAGUGAAACAGACGGGAAAUGAAAUGUCUAUUCGAUUGAAACAAAUGGCAAAACAAUACUAUUAUCAUAAAAAUGGUGUCAAUUCUGACGCUAAAGUAAAUGAAAAUGAAGGAAAAGUGGGCAUCAAUUUGAUAAAUGAA